AUGGGACGACCGAGGUCGCAAGAAGCAUCCUCACAAACAAACAGAGUACAAGUCAACCACUCUCAGGACGACUUCCCGAGAUCACAUAUAACAAAUUCAUCUCCUCGAUUGCCAGUCACACCAGAGACAGAGGCUCUCCGAAGCUUAAUAGCUGAGUCGAAACGACACCCCGCUAAGCUCACCACCUACGAUGGGUACCAGUCCAAGCAAAAACUCCUAUAUCUGGAUCUUUGCGAUUUCGAGAUCUACAGAUCCCCAGACUCGGGUUGCCCAGGCCGGGAAUUUGAGCUGACGAGUCUGCUCCACCUCGAAGCUCCAAAAGCAAGAAAGCUCUGGUUUGACGGGUUUCUUUGUAUAGGAGAGACUAAACUCUACGUGGAAAGGGUCGCUUUGCAAGACUCUUCGAUCGAGGGCUUUGGUGAUGACGAUGAACCUGGUGUUCUCGCAUACGUCCGAUCUACAUUAGCAUCUAAAGACAGUACUUACGAAAUCUGGUAUAAGUUGGGGGAACCGGCUCAACAAUACAAGCGAUUCCACGAACCAUUCCUGUGGGCGGCGCAAUUGACGAAGCAUACGAUCGAUUAUAUAGAGACCCAUCCCGCGCGCUCAGUUGGGCUCGAGAACUUCCGCAAAGAUUUCCACUGCUGGCUUGCUGCACGAUUCGCUCGAAGCAGCAGCGAAGAUUUCCGACAAUGGCGCCAGUCUUUGAAAUCUCAAGCUGACUUUCGAGUUGCGGUCAAUGCGAAUAUCAACUUCAUCUACCACCAUGCUUCUGGUCUUAACUCCCAGCGGCUACUCGAUCAUCCGCUGUGGAGUGAGUGUAUGGCUGGGGGGCUGACGAGCAUGAAGCCACAAGUUCAGCUCGUCGAGAAUACCCUCGCAACUCCUCAUGUAUAUGAUUCGUUCAAAGCCAUGUACUUUGGAGAAAAUCUCAAACAGGGGCAAGCCUCAGAACCUGUCAAAAGAAAGCAAGAGCUUCGGAUAAGCGAACUUGGAUUUGGCCGUGUCUGUUCAGGCUCAAGCUCUACCCCUCUCCAAUUAGCACAAUUGUGCCAACCGUAUGGCAGGUCAGCAAUCAGAGUGGGCGAUAUAGUUGGACUUGAUUCAACGGAACUAGACCGCCAGGUAUGGAAGAAUGCUGAUCUGGAGUGGCUUGCCUACGUCCAAGGUGUUAUACCUUUGCAUAACGGAACCCAGCGAUUGUCUGUCAUAUGGAUCUACCGACCACAAGAUACAAACAUCUUUAAAGCGAAAUAUCCAUUCGAAAACGAACUGUUCUUUUCAGACCAUUGCAACCACGAAAGCGCGGGGGAGCUCCUCUCAACUCAUGUCAAGGGGAAGUACAGCGUCAAAUUCUCACCUACAAUAAUCAACUCCACGAAGAGACUUUUCAUUCGCCAGACAUACAUCACAGAGAACAGCGAAAGCGCUUUCGUGACGUUUCAUGAGGACCACAAGACUUGCAAGUGCAAAAGAGAUAAGACGUUACCCAUCGUGACUUUCCGACCAGGCGACACAGUUUACAUGUCAAGGACUAUUCAACAGUGUGAAAUUCUGGAGCCUACUAUUAUUCAACGUAUAGACAGGUCUUCAAGCAAAGUUACUGUUCGGAAAUUGCUCCGCCUUAAACGCGAUUGCUCAGAGCUAGCAAGCAGAGUCAAUCGCACUAACAUGACCUCCAACGAGCUUGUUCUCACCGACGAAGUCGAGGAAGUAAAUGUGCUACGGAUAAAGCGGCGAUGCUCAAUUCGUUUCGUGCCAAAGCAGGACGUGCUGAAUUGCGAGAUCCCCUUUCCAUACAAUCGAGAGGGUGCCGGGCAUUUCUGGUUUCUUUCGAUGAAAGUCACAACUGUGAGCAGUAGUCAGCAGCUAGCAUUCUUGAAGGAGCAACCUAGUUGCCUCCAUGGAGGUUCGGAUUGGACUACAACUAAUCAUAGCCUGAGGGGGCUCAGUAUAUUCAGCGGUGGCGGCUCACUGGACCGGGGGUUGGAAGAGUGUGGCGCCGUUGAGUUCAAGACAGCAGUCGACUUGAGUGCUACAGCUAUGCACACCCAGCGAGCCAACGCCCGAGAUCCAUCCACGAUGCGACUGUACUGUGGGUCGGUCGAUGACCACUUCAAAGCGGCCCUUGAAGGAAACAAACCUUACUUAAUCGUCCGCAUCGGCGAGGUGGAUUUGAUCGUUGGUGGAACCCCGUGUCCGGGUACGUAUAAUCCCUAUGUUCUUACAUGCUUUUCUCUGUUACAACAGAACUUUAAGAGUCCGCAGUCUAAACGUAAUGCUUCUCACAUCACCACUUUUUGUUCCUAUGUGGACUUGUAUCGCCCUCUAUACGGCAUACUCGAAAAUGUGGUCAGCAUGACCGCUACCCGGAAAGGUCACGAGGACGAAAAUGUGCUUUCGCAGGUGGUUGCAUGUCUCGUCUCCAUGGGAUAUCAAGUGAAUCAAUACAUCAUGGAUGCAUGGAGUUAUGGCAGCGCGCAGCAACGCUCUCGCUUUCUUCUCACUAUAGCUGCUCCUGGGAUGAAUCCGAUUAUUCAGCCGUGGCAUACUCAUAGCGCGCCUGAGGACACACUUAGUAGAAGUCUAGGAGUGCUUCCGAAUGGACAACGCUUCGGUGAGCGCAAACAGUAUCCCACUCCUUUCCCCUAUAUUUCAGCAGGAGAAGUUACAUCAGACCUGCCAAGCAUUGGCAAUGGCAUUGUCCAAUCCUGUAGUUCCCACCCUGACCAUCGCCUGUCCUGUCCGCCGAAUAUUCAGCACCGAGCGCUCCUGAAGUACAUUCCAAAGUACCCUCCUGGAAGUGGAUACAAGAAAGCCUAUGAGUUAGGCCUUAUUCCAUCGUCGCUCCAACGGAUUGAUAAGGAAACGGGAAAGGCGUAUACGCGCGUGAAAGAAGCUGGUCUCAUUCCUACCAUCACAACGAAUGUUAGUGUCCAAGAUUCUCGAAAUGGUGCAUGUGUUCACUGGUUAGAGGAUAGACCCAUCAGUAUUCUAGAGGCCCGACGUGCGCAAGGCUAUCCAGAUCAUGAGCCGAUCAUCGGGAAUCUUGCCCAACAAUAUGUGAUUGUUGGCAACGGGGUUGAUCGCAAGGUCUCCUUUGUUCUUGGACUGGCGUUGCUUCAAGCGUUAGAAAAGAGCGCAUCAAGUGGACACCUGAUUAAACCUACAAAGUUGGUAGAGAAAACGAUCGCCAGCUCAAGCGAAGAGGAAGACCAAGCUGAAAUCGAUGCGACUAGCCCGACGAUACGUGUCCAAGUGCCCACACUGGCACGAGAAGAGCAAGCCAAGACACGACCGCGCUCCUCCUUGGAGAUUUCAGCGCUCCCCCGACCUGGUGUAAAUCUACCAAGAUCUAGCAAAGCUGAUCAAGCAGCACCCCUUAGGAAAGAUGAAAUGGAUGGGCCCUCUGAUGUGGCACCGCCUACCCUCGAACUCUCACAGCCUAUCAGCCCCCUCCCACUCACAAAAGGGACUAUCUCUAGUCUAUCACUUGCUCUCCUAAGAAGUGCCGGAGGAUUCUUGUCGUCAGCACUACCCUUGUCAAAACCAGUAACAGUAUCGAAGCACACCAAACGAAGCAGAGGAGGGGCGGAGGAUGAUAUGACAGAAGUCAAUGACAAGCGAUCGACUUCUGGUGAGCAGUCAUCGAGCCCGAGAAAACGGACAAUGCUCUCCCAGCCCAGGACUGCUGCUACCAGCGGGAUGGAAAGCGGCAACACGAGUCGAGCAACCACGCAUGACAGCACCAAAAUCUCGAUGAAGAGGCGCCACACGCGUCACUCUGGACUAAUAGUGGAGUUUGUCCCGGAGGACUGGAGCAAGAGGGUGGAACGCAAGCGUAAACAGAAACGCUGA